UUUUUUUCCGCGCGACAGAAUGAAAAGUAUGCUACCAGAACCACUGACGGGAUUCUUGGAGAAGCAGGAAAAUAUCAGAAGGUUAGUGACGAAGCCCAGCGUGCCGGUGAAAGAAGUCGAGGAUCCGCCGUGGGACACGCCGAGGAAGAGCUUGUUCAUCAAGCAGAGACCGUCGAAACUCAACGAACAACUCUUGGCGAAAUUUUCAAAAGAGACAGAAUCGACGCAUUCCUCUGGACUCAGGCUCGAUCAGCAGCCCGUAUUCGCGGAUCAGCUGAAACUGAUCGAGAAAUUAAAGUCCGAGCCGGGCGUGUACUUUUACUACAUGAUUUACGCGGUGGAUCGAUCCUCCAAGUUUUUUCACCCCUACGCCCUGACUAUAGUGCCGUACAAGAAAAUCGAUAAGGUCUACUUGACAAUGGGCCGAGACGGCGUGACGCAGUACAGCCCGACCGAAGUCGUUUUCACGCCCAUCGAUCAGUGGCAGCGAGAGUACAACGAUUAUCUGCUCCUCGUCAAGAUCAGAACCUUUCGGCUGUUCCGCAAAUGGAAGGCGUUCAACGUCUGGCGAAAGAUCGUCUUCUACACGAAAAUCACGCGCGCCAUGAGCCACAUGAACGGCCACCUGUUUCAUUGCGACGACGUGUUCAGAGCGGCUCUGCUGCGGGUCAAGGCGAUCAGCAGCUGCUACAUCGAUUCUUCCCUGGUCAACGUGUCGAUCGUGCAGAAACUCGCUCUGUUCGCCUUCGUCGAGUUGCAAUUCGAGCAAUUGGAGGACAUCGUGGAAAAAUUGAAGAGAGACAGAAAGACCGUAAUCGGUAUUUUGGACGGCGCGUGUCUGAGGUCGCUGCUCGACGCCGGAUUCACGCCCGACGACUCGAACAUCACCCUGGAGCAGACCGCUCUCGCGAAAAUCGGCGGAAAAGUCAAGAUGCCGAAGGACGGAAUAUUGAAAAUGAGCUACGUCGAGCAGGCGAGGAAAAAGACGAAAUGCUUGACGAUUUCCAGUUUCAUACGUUUCGUCGACUUCAAUCAAGCGACGAUGAUGCGCACACUGGUGCGCAAUACCUACGAGGAGCUUUUGACGGUGCUGAAGCGCCACACGAAAUACUUGCCGUGCGCCAGAGAGUACGAGGACACGAGGGUGGAUUUCGUCUUCGAUAACAAGCGAACGCCUAGAACACAGGUAAAUGAAUAUAGGGAAUCGCGCGUGAAUCAUCGGCUUUUCGAGCGGUAGUAACGUUCGUUCUUUCCAUCGCAGUUUCCGUACUUCGACGUGGACCUGCUGAUCAAGCCCGGCACCGGCAUCGUGUUCGAUCCCGCGGAGGAAAUAAUCUGGCACGUCCUGCAGACGCUGCAGUCCAUGUGGGAGGAGAAGCUGAAGAGCAUCAGGCCGUUCCUGUCCGACGAGCUGUUUUACAAGUUCACCCGACCGCUGAUAAACAAGAAAAUCGAGCCGCCCAUCUGCGCCGAGGCCGUGGACGUGGCCGCUCUCUUCCAGGACGACCGCGUGCUCACAGGCUACAAGCUGACUCUGCGCGACGUCGUCCAGCGGAACUUCGACGCGGUGAAGAAGUACUGCGAGCGAUUCCGCCACAUCCACGAGUACUACGAGGAGGACAUGGCCUUCGACGAGCGCGUGAUACGCGACAAUCUCAAGUACGAGCUGUUUCGCCAGUGGUGCGAGAGAUAUCGCCGGGAGGAGCAGGAGAUCAACGCGAUCGUGGAUCAGCAGUCGAUGGGCAUCUUUUAUCUCAAGUUUCGGAGAUUCAAGGAGUCGGCCCUGCCGGCGCCCAACAGGAAACAGGCGCUGCUGGCCGUCGUGCUGCCCAAGUUGGGCAAGAAGCGAGUCGACGCCCUGCUGAAGGAAGCCGAGGACGCGAUCGAGUUCUUGGGCAUCGAUCCCGUGACCACCGACGACUACGUGGCCUUCAUCAAGUUCGUGGACAAGGCGCAGAGCAAGGUCGACGCCAUGGAGUCCGAGCUCGAUUACAUCAAGGAGCUCUACGACAUCAUGGGAGAGUACAACAUUGCCGUGCCGCCGCAAGACAUGUCCACCUAUCUGGGAAUAAGCGUGUACUUCACGACGCUGAGGCUGUCGGUGGACAAGCGCCUCGAGGAGAGAACCAAGCUCGUCACCAAGUUCAACGCGCAGAUACAGAAGGACAUCAAUAUCCUCGUCGACGAGAUACAGAGGAUCAACGACGAGACGACGCAGUCCUGGCUGCUCGACCCGGAGAGCGACGUCAACGUCUGCCUCGAGGCGCUGAUCGACCUCAACGACCGACUGACCGAGUGCUCGAGCCUGGCCAGCGACUAUCGCAGCUUCCAGAAGUCCUUCAAGGUCGAGAUGACGCGAUUCGAGAUACUCGAGCAGGUGGUGGACGAGGUCAAGCUCAGGCUCAUGCUGUGGGACAGUCUGCUGGCCUGGGACACGACCAUCGCCAAGUGGUACCAGGACGAGUUCGAGACACUCAACGUCGAGGACAUGAACAACUUCGUGACGAAAAAUCUCAAGAACAUCAUGCAGCUGGAGAAAGGCUUGCCGGUCAACGUCAUCGUGCCGCAGCUCAAAGAAAAGGUCGAGACGUUCAAGGACAAAAUGCCGAUAAUCGGCUGCCUGCGCAAUCCGAACUUACGACAGCGUCACUGGACGAAGAUCGAGCUCCUGCUCAACUACAAAUUCAAGCCGGACGAUCCUCUGAAUCUGCGCAUAAUCGAGGACCUCGGCGCCUUCGGCUAUCAGAACGAGCUCAUGGAGAUAUCGAGCUCGGCCAGUUCCGAGGCGGGCCUCGAGGCGAUGCUCGCCAAGAUCGAGGAGACCUGGAAGAUCAUCGAGUUCGUCGUCAACAACCACAAGGACGCCAAGGACAUAUUCGUGCUGGGCACGCUCGAGGAGGUGCAGACCGCCCUGGACGACAGCAACAUCACCAUACAGACGAUAGCGGCGUCGAGGCACGUGGCCCCGAUCAAGCCGCGAGUCGACGACUGGCUCAAGCGGCUCGAUCUCUUCGCCAGGACGCUGGAGGCCUGGCAGUACUGCCAGCAGCAGUGGCUCUACCUCGAGGCGAUAUUCUCGGCGCCGGACAUACAGCGACAGCUGCCCAUCGAGGCCAAGCUCUUCGUCGCCGUCGACAAGUCCUGGAAGGACAUCAUGAGGAAGGUGGCGAAGAUGCCCCUGGCCCUGGAGAACUGCACGCAGCCGGGACUGUACGAGCAGUUCACCGAGAACAAUCGCAGCCUCGACAAGAUACUCAAGUGCCUCGAGGCUUAUCUCGAGACCAAGAGGAUAGCCUUCCCUCGAUUUUUCUUCCUGUCUAACGAUGAACUUUUAGAAAUUUUAUCACAGACGAGAAACCCUCACGCCGUUCAACGUCACCUCCAAAAGUGCUUCGACGCCAUAUUCCGGCUGGAUUUCGCUCCCGUCGACGACAAGGGCGGCAAAGCCCUGUCCGACGACAUCCUGGCCAUGGUGUCGCCCGAGGGCGAGCGCGUCGAGCUCGGAAAAGGAUUGAAAGCCCGCGGCAACGUCGAGAACUGGCUCAACAAGGUCGAGCAGGCCAUGUUCGUGAAUCUGAAGAAGAACAUGGAGCUGGCCCUGGCGGAUUACCCGAAGAAGGGCAGAAAGCACGUGAUCUGGAACUAUCCCUCGCAGAUCGUUCUGACGGUUUCGCAAAUAUUCUGGGCGGCCGACGUGCACAAGAUACUCGACUCCGCGGACCCGAUCGGCAACAUGAAGGGUUUCGAGGCCAAAUCCUACAAAAACUUGAACGAACUGGCAGCCCUGGUGCGAGGCGAGCUGCCCAAACUCGUGCGCGACGUCAUCAUCAAUCUCAUAACCGUGGACGUGCACGCCCGCGACACCAUCUCGAUCCUCGUCGAGAAUCAGGUCUCGUCCAGCAAGAGCUUCGACUGGACCAAGGCGCUGCGCUACUACUGGGACAAGAGCCGGGACAAUUGCUACGCGAGGAUGAGCAACGCCGAGUACCUCUACGGCUACGAGUACCUGGGCGCGCAGCGCAGACUGGUCAUCACCCCGCUGACCGACAAGUGCUACCUCUGCCUGAUGGGAGCUCUGCAGCUGGAUCUGGGCGGGGCGCCGGCCGGUCCCGCGGGCACGGGCAAGACCGAGACGACCAAGGAUCUGGCCAAGGCCCUGGCCAUACAGUGCGUCGUGUUCAACUGCUCCGAGGGACUCGACUAUAAAAUGAUGGGUCGAUUCUUCUCCGGGCUCGCGACCUCCGGCGCCUGGUGCUGCUUCGACGAGUUCAAUCGUAUCGACAUCGAGGUGCUUUCGGUCAUAGCCCAGCAACUCAUCACCAUUAGAAACGCCAAACUCAUUCGAGCCAAAGAGUUCAUGUUCGAAGGCCGCAAGAUAAGAUUGGUCAUGUCUUGCGCGUCGUUCAUCACCAUGAAUCCCGGAUACGCCGGUCGAACGGAGCUGCCGGACAAUCUCAAGUCCCUCUUUCGCCCCGUGUCCAUGAUGGUACCCGAUUACAAGCUGAUCGCCGAAGUGACCCUGUACUCCGAGGGUUUCGAGUCGUCGAAACCUCUGUCGAAAAAGAUGACCCUCAUGUACACUCUGUGCAGCGAGCAGCUGUCCCAGCAGGAUCAUUACGAUUUUGGAAUGAGGGCCGUCAAGAGUGUGCUCGUGAUGGCGGGCAGCUUGAAACGCGACAAUCCGGACAUCCACGAGAACAUCGUCCUCAUAAGGGCUCUCAGAGACAGUAAUCUGCCGAAAUUUUUGGCCGACGAUGCCGAGCUGUUUCAGGGUAUACUGGGAGAUCUGUUUCCCGGGGUAGUUUUGCCCGAAGAAGAUUACGGAGUGCUCCAACAAACCGCCGUAGAAAUUAUGAAAGAGUCGCUGUUGCAACCGGAGGCCUGCUCGAUAAACAAAGUCAUUCAGCUGCACGAGACGAUGCGCGUGAGACACGGAGUGAUGCUGGUAGGGCCCACCGGAGCCGGUAAAACAACAGUUCUCAACGUUCUCAAAGAAUCUUACGGCAGACUGAACGAAAUGGGAAUAAAGAAUCAGUACUACCAGAAGGUGCUCAUGUACACGAUGAAUCCGAAAGCCGUGACGAUGGGCGAGCUCUACGGCGAGGUGAGUCUCGCCUCGAACGAGUGGCACGACGGCCUGCUGGGGGUCGUCGUGCGCAUAGCCUGCGCCGCCCAGAGCGAGGACCACCAGUGGGUCGUCUGCGACGGACCGGUGGACGCCGUCUGGAUCGAGAACAUGAACACCGUGCUCGACGACAACAAGAUGCUCUGCCUCGCCAAUUCCGAGCGCAUCAAGCUCACGCCCUACGUGCACAUGAUCUUCGAGGUGGCCGAUCUGGCCCAGGCCUCGCCCGCCACGGUCAGCCGCUGCGGCAUGGUCUAUCUCGAUCCGACGGAGCUCAAGUGGAUGCCCUACGUGAAGACCUGGAUAGCCACGAUCUCGGAGCGGCUGUUCAAGAAGGAGAUAGCGCCGUUUCUGCUCGAGCUGUUCUCCAAGUACGUCGAGGCCGGCUUGGUGUUCUUCCGGAAGAACUGCGACCACGCCAUCGCCCAGGUGGACAUCAGCAAGGUGUCGAUGCUGUGCGCCCUGCUGGAGAGUCUGAUCCUCGAGCCCGGGGCCAUCGACCGGACCGCCGAUCUCAGCAAGAUCAAGACUUUCUUGACCCAGGCCUUCGUGUUCUCGUACAUCUGGUCCAUAGGCGGUAACGUCGUGGAUAACUCGAGGGAGACCUUCGAGUACUUCGUCAGAGAGCUCUUCGACAACGACGUGAAUGCCAAUUUGCCGUCGUCCUCCGAUCUGUGGGAUCUCUUCGUCAAUACCCAAGACAAGCGCAUGGAGGUGUGGAAAAAACUCAUGCCUACGUUCACGUUCGACCCCGCGGUGCCGUUCUUCGAGGUCCUCGUGCCGACCAUCGACACGGUUCGCUUCGGCUACGUCAUGGAAAAAUUGCUGCAGGUCAACAAGCCCGUUCUCUUUACCGGAAGCACAGGCGUCGGUAAAUCGGUGAUCGCCAAAUUGGUGCUGAACACGAUGGAGUCGUCCGGCAAGUGGACCCCGAUCGUGCUGAACUUUUCCGCCCAGACGAGCAGCGGCCAGACCCAAGAGAUUCUCGAGCUGAAGCUCGAGAAAAAGAAGAAGACGGUGCUGGGGGCCAAAGUCGGCAAGAGAGUCUGCGUGUUCAUCGACGACAUCAACAUGCCCAAGCUCGAUACUUACGGCUCUCAGCCGCCCAUCGAAUUGAUAAGGCAGGUAGUGGACAGCGGAGGUUUCUACAACAAAGACAAGAUAUACUGGAAAUACAUACAGGACGUGGUUCUGAGCGCCGCUUGCGCGCCACCUGGUGGCGGUCGAAAUCCCAUCACGCCCAGAUUGAUGCGACACUUCGCCAUGCUGGUCAUUCCGUCGCCCACCGAGGACUCGUUAAAGUCCAUAUUCAGAUCCAUCAUGAGAGGAUUUCUGAAGGAUUUCGCCCAACCGGUGGUCGACAUCGGCGACAGAGUAGUCAGCGCCGCCGUCGAGAUCUACGGUCGAAUAGCCGAGGACCUUCUGCCCACCCCCGAGAAGAGUCACUACAUAUUCAACCUUCGCGAUCUCUCCAAGUGCAUCCAGGGCAUACUGCAAGCCGACUCCGGGGUGGUUCGCGAGGCCAAGCACCUGCUCAGGCUCUUCUAUCACGAGUGCCUGCGAGUCUUCCACGAUCGCCUCAUCAAUUCCCAGGACAAGACGUACUUCUAUCGGCUGCUGUCGGGCAUCUGCAGCACGACCUUCAGCGACGCCGUCCUCGAGCUGCCCGAGACCGACGAGGAGCUCAUGGCCAAUCCGCCGCUGCUGCUCUACGGCGACUUUCUCGAGUUCGGCGCGCCGCCCGAGAAACGUCUGUACGAGGAGAUCGUCGAUCUCGAUCGCACCCGAGUCGUGCUUCAGGAUUAUCUGGACGACUACUGCGUGCAGACGUCCAAGGACAUGGGUCUGAUAUUUUUCCUGGACGCCAUCGAGCACCUGUGCAGAUUGGCCAGGAUACUGAGAUCGGAGAGGGGCAACGGGUUGCUGGUGGGCGUCGGUGGCAUGGGAAAGCAGAGCUUGACCAGAUUGGCCUCGCACAUGAACGGAUACAGGUGUCACCAGAUCGAAGUCAGCCGAGGCUACGACAAAAACGCCUGGAACGAAGACUUGCGUAAAUUUUACUUCCGGCCGGGCGCCUACGCGGAGCACGAGACGUUUCUGUUCACCGACACUCAGAUCGUCGUCGAGGAAUUUCUCGAGGACAUUAACAAUACAUUGAAUUCAGGAGAGGUGCCUAAUUUAUUCGAAGCCGACGAGCUCGAACGCGCCAUCAUAGCUACGAGACCCGCGGCCAAGGAAGCCGGCAUCGACGAGUCCAACCGCGACGCCAUUUAUUUGUACUUCAUAGGCCGCGUGAGGAACUAUCUGCAUCUGAUGCUCUGCAUGAGUCCAGUCGGAGAGGCAUUUCGCCGUCGUUGUCGGAUGUUUCCGUCGCUCGUCAAUUGCUGCACAAUCGAUUGGUACUCCAAGUGGCCGAACGAAGCUCUCCUGUCCGUGGCAGUUAAAACAAUCAGCACCGUGAUCGCGGACGACGAGGAAAAAGUUCACUCUCUGGCGUCUAUUUGCGUUCUCAUGCACGAGAGUGUCGAGGCAAUGACGGUGAGAUUCUUCGAAGAAAUGAGACGCAGGUAUUACACGACUCCGAGCAGCUAUUUGGACCUGUUGAAGUUAUAUUUGAACACGUUCGAUAUGAAAAAUACGAAAAUCGGCACGAAGAGGAGUAGAAUCGGCAAUGGUUUGAAUAAACUAAAAGAGACCAACGAAAUGGUAGCUGUGAUGAAGGUCAACAUCAUCGCUUUGAAGCCCCAAUUGAAAAUCAAUUCCGAGGAGGUGGGUAAAUUGAUGAUAAUCGUCGCGAAAGAAAAGGCAGAGGUCGAUAAAGUACGAGAAGUCGUAGCCGCGGACGAGGCAGUUGCUAAAGCUCAAGCGGAAAUGACCGAGGCCUUGGAGCAAGAAGCUCGAAAAGAUCUGGAAGCUGCUUUGCCGGCCCUGCAGGAAGCUCAAAAUGCCUUGGCCGCUUUAAAUAAGAACGACAUCAAUGAAAUCAAAGUGUUUAAUAAACCACCACCACUGGUUCGUUUCGUCUUGGAAGCGGUUUGUUUGCUACUGGGAGAAAAACCCGAUUGGCAAACGGCAAAGAGCAUUUUGAGCGAUCUCAAAUUUUUAGAACGCUUGAUAGCUUAUCCUAUAGACAGCGUCAGCGACAAAUUGUUGAAGAAGCUGCAAACGUACACCAUGAAUAAAGAUUUUUGGCCCGAUAUCGUGGCCAAACAGAGCAAAGUGUGCAAGUCCUUUUGCAUUUGGGUACGAGCGGUCGACGGCUACGCCAAAAUAUCACGAAUCGUCGAGCCGAAGAAGCAAAAACUGAAGGAAGCCGCGGAGGAGAUGGAAAUUAUCGCCGAGAUUCUGCGCGAAAAGCAGGAGGCGUUGGCGAGCGUCGAGAGGCAGAUCAAAAAUCUCCAGAACCAGUACGACGGCGCCGUCAAGCGACUGGCCGAUCUGGAGUACACGAUGGUGCUGAGCGAGGCUCGACUGGGCCGAUCGGAGAGACUGACCUCGGCCCUGGCCGACGAGGAGGUCCGAUGGAUCGAGGAGAUGAAGGAGUUCGAGAAGCAGAUGGCUUGCAUCGCGGGCGACACACUCGUAGCCGCGGGUGGCCUGGCCUACCUGGGCGCCUUCACCAGUUUUUACCGCGAACUCCUGCUGACCACGUGGCUGGAGAACUGCGAGAGGCUCGAGAUCGUCACUACCCCGAAUUUCAGUAUCGUCAACGUCCUCGCGGACCCGUACGACGUGCGCGUCUGGAACAGUUUCGGCCUGCCCAGGGACCAGGUGAGCACGGAGAACGCCAUACUGGUGACCCAGGCGGGUCGCUGGCCCCUCAUGAUCGACCCGCAGGAGCAGGCCAAUCGCUGGAUACGCUCGAUGGAGCAGCAGCACGGCAUCAGGGCCUGCAAGAUGACCGACGGCAACUUCAUGCGCACGAUGGAGGCCUGCAUCAGCACGGGCACGCCGAUUCUGCUGCAGGAGAUCGGCGAGACGCUCGAUCCCAGCCUCGAGCCGAUACUGCUGAAGCAGACUUUUGUACAGGGUGGCCGAACGUUGAUCCGUCUCGGUGACAACGACGUCGAGUACGACGCGAAUUUCCGCCUGUACAUAACGACGAAGAUGGCGAAUCCGCACUACCUGCCUGAGAUCUGCAUCAAAGUGACCAUCGUCAAUUUCACCGUCACCCCCAGUGGACUGGAGGAUCAGCUACUGGCCGACGUCGUGCGCAUCGAGAAACCCGAGCUCGAGACGAUGCGCAACGAGCUCAUCGCCCAGAUCAACGCCGACAAGAGCCAGCUGGACGGCAUCGAGGAUCGCAUCCUGACGCUGCUGUUCAGCUCCGAGGGCAACAUACUCGACAACGAGGAGCUGAUCGAGACGCUGAACGAGAGCAAGGAGACGUCGGCGGUGAUAGCGUCGCGCCUCAUCGACACCGAGGCCACCGAGGUCGAGAUCUCGGGGGCGCGCGAGGACUAUCGCCGAGUGGCCACACGUGGCUCGGUGCUCUACUUCGUCGUGGCGAAUCUGGCCAUCAUCGACUCGAUGUAUCAGUUCUCGCUCAAGUACUUCAAUCAGAUCGUCAACACGGUGACGCAGACGAGCGAGAAGGUGCCGGAUCUGCAGCAACGACUGCAGAUUCUCUGCGACGAGAUCACCAUGGCCAUAUUCACCAACGUGUCGCGAGGACUCUUCGAGAGGCACAAGAUCGUUUACAGCUUCAUGAUGAACAUCGCCAUACUGCUGGACGCGGGCACGGUUAAGAGUAGUCAGUGGAAUUUUCUGCUGCGAGGGCCGGAUCAAUUGACCACGAUCAAGAAACCGGAUUAUCCAACUCUCACUGAUCCAAUGUGGAGCAGCGCCAAUUAUCUCGCCAAUAAUUUUCCCGUUUUCGAGCACAUAAUGGACGACAUAUUUAAAAAAAUAACCAUCAACAUUGACGUUUACGAAGAGCACAUCAAUAUUUUACCCGACAACAAGCAAUCAUCCAAGCACAAGUGGAACGAAAUACUCACCGACAUCGAGAAGCUCAUGCUUUUGAAGGCCUUGAAAGAGGAAAAAUUGAUCUUCGGUAUCACGGCCUUCGUGAAGAAAAACAUGGGACAGAAGUACGUCGAGUCUCCCAUGAUUUCGCUGCAGGUUUUAUUCCCAGACACGUCGAAAGAGACUCCGUUGGUGUUCGUGCUGAGCACCGGCUCGGAUCCCUUCAACGUCUUCAUGAAAUUCGCCUUCGAGAUGGGCUUCGGUGAAAGAUUCGAGUCGAUAUCUCUGGGCCAAGGACAAGGUCCGAUCGCCGAGGCUCUCAUCCGCGACGGCUGCGACAAGGGCAAGUGGAUAUUCUUGCAGAACUGUCACCUGGCCACCUCGUGGAUGCUCGAGCUCGAGAGCAUAGUCAUCGAGAUAUCCGAGGAUCCGCACGCGGUGCACGACGACUUCCGGCUGUUUCUGAGCUCGAUGCCGAGCACGGGCUUCCCCGUGUCGGUGCUGCAGAACUCGAUCAAGGUGACGAACGAGCCGCCCAAGGGCCUCAAGGCCAACGUCAAGCGGGCCUUCUUCGAUCUCGAGGAGGACUUCUUCCAGGGCCACGAGCUCGCGGAGAGGUGGCGCCGCAUGAUAUUCGGCGUGUGCUUCUUUCACGCCAUCAUACAGGAGCGCAAGAAGUUCGGCCCGCUCGGCUGGAACAUCAUCUACGAGUUCAGCGACAGCGAUCGCGAGUGCUGCCUGCUGAAUCUCAAGAUGUUCUGCGUGAACGAGACGAUACCCUGGGACGCGUUGAUCUACACCACCGGCGAGAUCACCUACGGCGGAAGGAUCACCGACAAUUGGGAUCUGCGCUGCUUGAAGACCAUUUUGCACUCUUACUUCUCGCCGAUGACGCUGGAUACAGCUUACGUGUACUCGCCAUCCGGAAAAUACUACUGUCCCGUACGCGAGACUCUGGACGAGUAUCGCGAAUUCAUCGACACUUUCCCCAUUAUCGAGGAUCCGGAAAUAUUCGGCAUGCACGAAAACGCCAAUAUCGCUUUUCAGUUGAAAGAGUCGAAAACCAUGAUGAACACCAUCAUGGAGGUGCAGCCGAAAGUUGGCUCUGGUGGGGAGGGAAAGUCGAGCGCCGAUAUCGCCUACGAAUUGGCCGACCUGAUAAUGUCGAAGAUAGCGGUGAAAAUCGACAUAGACACGUGUCAUCCGAAGCAUCUCAAAAAAGACAAAACCGGCAGAUUGGCUUCGCUGACCGUCGUGCUACUGCACGAAGUCGAGAGGUACAACAUUUUAUUGAAAGUCAUCCGUACGUCGAUGGAAAAUUUACAACGGGCAAUCAAGGGAUUCAUCGUCAUGUCCGAGGAGCUCGAGAACGUUUUCAACUCUUUGGUGAAUAAUCAGGUCCCCCGAUUGUGGGCCAACACAAACGUCUAUCCGUCGCUAAAGAGCUUGGGCAGCUGGAUCAGAGAUUUGGAGCUAAGAAUAGACUUCAUACAGAUGUGGUUGACCGUCGACAAGCCCACCUCCUUCUGGAUCUCCGGCCUGUCGUUCCCGCAAGGCUUCAUCACGGGCAUCCUGCAGACCCACGCGCGAAAGCACAACAUACCGAUCGACCAGCUGAAGCUCGACUUCGCCGUGACCAAGGUCGUGCUGGACCAGGACGACAUCGAGACCGCCCACAAGGCGGCCAACAACAAGGAGGUGCCGAGCGUCUACAAGAACCUGCAGGUGCCCGAGGACGGCGUGCUCGUUCACGGCCUGUACAUCGACGCCGGCCGCUGGGACUUUCGCGCGCAGAGCCUCGCGGACGCCAACAAGGGCGAGAUGAAUCCGCCCCUGCCCUGUCUGCACGUGAUGCCCGUGGUCGAGCUGCCGGACCAAGAUCGUCGCUACGUGGCGCCGCUCUACAAGACCAGCAUCAGGGCGGGCACCCUGUCGACCACGGGCCACAGCACGAAUUUCGUCAUGCCCGUGCUGCUGCCCGCCUCGAGGGAGCAGGCCUACUGGAUUUUGAAGGGCACGGCGUUGCUCGUACAGAUUACGAAUUGA